CUUCUUCAACCACUGCGAGGUGAAGCUUUAAACUUCAGACUUGGAGGUGGGCUGUGUGCAGUAAACUGGAAUGCUCUCCCUGGCUCACUCAGCGCAGGGGUGAUGUGAAGCAGGGCAAGCUUAGGCUGCAGCUGCCGUUGGCUUUGUGUGGACUGGACGCUGUGUUUGGGAGACGAGGGAGGAUUAUUACUCCAAUUCACAGUCAAUGGAAUUACAGCUACAGCAGACGUGUACAUAAGAUUGCUUUUUCUCAUCUUCCUGGAGAUGCUCAAUACCAGUAUAUUUUAAGGAAGAAAACUAUAAAGAAAAUUUAGUAUGCUUCUUUUUCUUUCCAUGAAGAAUAUAUGAAUUGUUUUCUUACCUCUUAAAAGAGAAUACAUGUUCUUGUAUAACGUGACUGCACCAGAAAUUCUAAGAAAGCAGCAAGAAGCAAAAGCUGAAAAUAGCUAUUUCACAGCAGGGCUCUGAAGUAACAGAAAAUCUUUGUGUAAAGACCUCAACAUUGCUGACCAUGAUCAGCCCAGCCUGGAGCCUCUUCCUCAUUGGGACUAAAAUUGGGCUGUUUCUUCAAGUGGCACCUCUAUCAGUCAUGGCUAAAUCCUGUCCAUCUGUGUGCCGUUGUGAUGCGGGUUUCAUUUACUGCAAUGAUCGUUUUCUGACAUCCAUUCCAACAGGAAUACCAGAGGAUGCUACAACUCUCUACCUUCAGAACAACCAAAUAAAUAAUGCUGGGAUUCCUUCAGAUUUGAAAAACUUGCUGAAAGUAGAAAGAAUAUACCUAUACCACAACAGUUUAGAUGAAUUUCCUACCAACCUCCCAAAGUAUGUAAAAGAGUUACAUUUGCAAGAAAAUAACAUAAGAACCAUCACUUAUGAUUCACUUUCAAAAAUUCCAUAUCUGGAAGAACUGCAUUUAGAUGAUAACUCUGUCUCUGCUGUUAGCAUUGAAGAGGGUGCAUUCCGAGACAGUAACUAUCUCCGACUGCUUUUCCUAUCCCGCAAUCACCUUAGCACAAUUCCCUGGGGUUUGCCCAGGACUAUAGAGGAACUWCGCUUGGAUGAUAACCGCAUAUCCACUAUUUCAUCACCAUCUCUUCAAGGUCUCACUAGCCUGAAACGUCUGGUGUUAGAUGGAAAUCUGUUGAACAACCAUGGUUUAGGUGACAAAGUUUUCUUCAACCUAGUUAACUUAACAGAACUGUCACUGGUACGGAAUUCYUUGACUGCUGCACCAGUAAACCUUCCAGGCACAAACCUGCGGAGGCUUUACCUUCAAGAUAACCACAUCAACCGGGUGCCCCCAAAUGCUUUUUCUUACCUAAGGCAGCUGUACCGACUUGAUAUGUCCAACAAUAACCUAAGUAAUUUACCUCAGGGUAUCUUUGAUGAUUUGGACAAUAUAACCCAAUUGAUUCUUCGCAACAAUCCCUGGUAUUGUGGGUGCAAGAUGAAAUGGGUACGUGACUGGUUACAGUCACUACCUGUGAAGGUCAAUGUGCGUGGGCUCAUGUGCCAAGCUCCCGAGAAAGUUCGUGGAAUGGCUAUCAAGGACCUCAAUGCAGAACUGUUUGAUUGUAAAGACAGUGGGAUUGUAAGCACGAUUCAGAUAACCACUGCAGUACCCAACACAGUGUAUCCUGCUCAAGGACAGUGGCCAGCUCCAGUGACCAAACAACCGGAUAUUAAGAACCCCAAGAUCACUAAGGAUCAGCGAACUACAGGGAGUCCCUCAAGAAAAACUAUUAUAAUUACUGUGAAAUCUGUCACCUCUGACACAAUUCAUAUCUCCUGGAAACUUGCUCUACCUAUGACUGCUUUAAGACUCAGCUGGCUUAAGCUGGGCCAUAGCCCAGCAUUUGGAUCUAUAACAGAAACAAUCGUAACAGGGGAACGCAGUGAAUACUUGGUAACAGCCCUGGAGCCUGACUCACCCUAUAGAGUAUGCAUGGUUCCCAUGGAAACCAGUAACCUCUACUUAUUUGAUGAAACUCCUGUUUGUAUUGAGACUGAAACUGCACCCCUUCGAAUGUACAAUCCUACAACCACACUCAAUAGAGAGCAAGAGAAAGAACCUUACAAAAACCCCAAUUUACCUUUGGCUGCCAUCAUUGGUGGGGCUGUGGCCCUGGUGACAAUUGCCCUUCUUGCUCUAGUAUGUUGGUAUGUUCAUAGAAAUGGGUCACUCUUCUCAAGGAACUGUGCUUACAGCAAAGGGAGGAGAAGAAAGGAUGACUAUGCAGAAGCUGGCACUAAGAAAGACAACUCUAUCCUGGAAAUCAGGGAGACUUCUUUUCAGAUGUUACCAAUAAGCAAUGAACCCAUUUCAAAGGAGGAGUUUGUAAUACACACCAUAUUUCCUCCUAAUGGAAUGAAUCUGUACAAAAACAAUCACAGUGAAAGCAGUAGUAACCGAAGCUAUAGAGACAGUGGUAUUCCAGACUCAGAUCACUCACACUCAUGAUGCUGCAGGACCUGCAGCAGACUGUGCUUCAGGGUUUUUAAAACCUAAGGGAGAUGAUGGUAGGAACCCUGUUCUACUGCAAAACACUGGAAAAAAAAAUAAGACUGAGAAAGCAAUGUACUGUACAUUUGCCAUAUAAUUUAUAUUUAAGAACUUUUUAUUAAAAGUUUCAAAUUUCAGGUUACUGCUGCGAUUGAAGUAGUGGAGAUGCCUGAACACAAUUCUAUAUUUUAGUAUUUUUUAGUAAUUUGUACUGUAUUUUCCUUGCAAAUAUUGAAGUUAUAAACCAUUUACUUUGUGUUCUACUGAGUAAGAUGACUUGUUGACUGUGAAAGUGAAUUUUCUUGCUGUGUUGAACAAUCAGGACUGCAUUCACAUGAGAUCCUUGUAGUAUAAGCACAGGCCAUUUUUCACUUUGGUAUUAAUAAAAUGUAAAAAUAAAAACUGGCUGAAUGAGAAAAAUUAAAUCUCAAAAUAGUUAUGAAAUACUGUUUCAAUUAUUAAAUUUGUAUUAUCCCAGUGGUAGUCAAUAAAUCAAAAUAUGUGAAGUAAUGGGCAAUAUCAAACUUGCUGCAUAUCUCCAUUUUUACUCUAGGCAAAUUAAGUAUCCUUAAGUUAAGCAUAUCUUCUGAACUGAAUAUAUAUCAACUGGCAUAAAAAUAAUGUGAAGUCUGCUGUUACAGUCAUUGUCAACAAAGCUUUAAGAAUAAAGGACUUCACAAAAACAAUAAUAUAAAUGUGCUUCUAAGUUAGGGGGAAAAUCUAUACUUAAAAGAAAUGAAAACUUAGACUUAUAUAGUGCAAUAAACACAAAUACUAGAAUUGCAUUUUGGUUUUGCCUGUACCAUCCUAAUUUUUGAAAAUUGAAUUCUAAACACAAAAUUGUUAGUGUUUAUGAUGUUUUAUCAUAAGAGAUAUCAAAGAGAAAUUUUAUAUAUAUUAAAAAGAUAGCAUAACCAUAAGUGAUUCCCCUCAGCAAUCCAGAGAAAGUAGAACUUUAAAUAAGGGAGAAUUUAAAAGAAAAAUAAAUACUAGAAAUCAAAUUUAGAUCUGGUCUAUGUGAAAUUUUUUAACACUGUACAUAAAUGUCCAAUUUACUUUCACAAUGAUCAAGAAUACUGCCCAUUACUGUCACAGUUUUCCAGAUAUUACAUAAUAAACUUGUAAUGUAACAUUUCUUUCUAGCUUCCUACUGAAUUGUGAGCUAUUACUUGUUUAAAAAACCAUAUCAUUUUUUGUUGCCAUGAUUUUUUUUCAAUGAAAAACCAAAGUGCAUUGUACGCCCUUUGGCCAGUCUUGUAUGUGCCUUGAUCCAACGCUACAUGUAUUCAGCUUUUAAAACUCGACAAAUUUUUCAUACUUACUUAAAUAUGAAAAAUUAUGGUCUUAUUGCUGAAUAAAACUUAAGAAAAAAGUACAGAAUAAUUGUGCUUGCUUUUGGGAUUAUGUUACUAUCACUAAAGUAGCAAAUUGGCCAGCACAUUAGUCCUAAACACCCCAUGUAUUUUUCUAGGCAUAAAAAUAAAAGUUGGCUACAAAUAAAAAAAUAGCAA